CCAGGGAGGAAGGGACAAACAGUACUGCCCGACGACGAGUGGCCAAGAGGGCGGCUUGAGGGAACGAGAGAAUUUCACAGGGGGGAGCUAAAGUGUCUGGAGAGGGUUCUGAGCAAGGCGUGCAGAGGGAAGAGUCUGGAAAGAGCCAGGGGUGAGAGGCGCAGUGAGAGGAGCAGACAGGAAGCACCACUCUUUCAAGAGAGCCAUCGCAGGGAUCCUAAGACUCCACAGACAGCCGAACGUUCACGUUCACGAGGAAGGGGGCACGGGGCGGCGAGGGAAGGCCAGGAACAGGGCCGCAGCCAAGGCCGGCACCAGAGCGCCGAGGGAUGAACUUCACCGUGGGUUUCAAGCCGCUGCUAGGGGAUGCGCACAACAUGGACAACCUGGAGAAGCAGCUCAUCUGCCCCAUCUGCCUGGAGAUGUUCUCCAAGCCCGUGGUGAUCCUGCCCUGCCAGCACAACCUGUGCCGCAAGUGUGCCAACGACGUCUUCCAGGCCUCUAACCCCCUGUGGCAAUCCCGGGGCUCCACAACUGUGUCGUCGGGAGGUCGGUUCCGCUGCCCGUCCUGCAGGCAUGAGGUUGUCCUGGACCGGCACGGAGUCUACGGCCUGCAGAGGAACCUGCUGGUGGAGAACAUUAUUGACAUCUACAAGCAGGAGUCCUCCCGGCCACUGCACUCGAAGGCCGAACAGCACCUCAUGUGUGAGGAACACGAGGAUGAGAAGAUCAACAUCUACUGCCUGAGCUGCGAGGUGCCCACCUGCUCUCUCUGCAAGGUCUUCGGUGCCCACAAGGACUGUGAGGUGGCCCCUCUGCCCACCAUUUACAAACGCCAGAAGAGCGAGCUGAGCGAUGGCAUCGCCAUGCUGGUGGCAGGCAAUGACCGUGUGCAAGCUGUGAUCACGCAGAUGGAGGAGGUGUGCCAGACCAUUGAGGACAACAGCCGCAGGCAGAAGCAACUGUUAAACCAGAGGUUCGAGACCCUGUGCGCCGUGCUGGAGGAGCGCAAGGGCGAGCUGCUGCAAGCGCUGGCCCGGGAGCAGGAGGAGAAGCUGCAGCGUGUGCGGGGCCUCAUCCGUCAGUACGGAGACCACUUGGAGGUUUCCUCUAAGCUGGUGGAGUCCGCCAUCCAGUCCAUGGAGGAGCCGCAGAUGGCUCUCUACCUCCAGCAGGCCAAGGAGCUGAUCAACAAAGUCGGGGCGAUGUCGAAGGUGGAGCUAGCCGGACGGCCGGAGCCAGGCUAUGAGAGCAUGGAGCAAUUCUCCGUGAGCGUGGAGCACGUGGCCGAGAUGCUGCGGACCAUCGACUUCCAGCCGGGCGCCGCCGGGGAUGAAGAGGAUGACGAGGUGGCUUUGGACGGGGAUGAGAGCAACGCAGGGCUGGAGGAGGAGCGGCUGGACGGGCCAGAAGGUGAGAGUUGGACUUGGGCUUUGGAGUGAGAAUGGUUGGCCGGUCUUGGGAGAUUGCCUUUUCCAGCGCCACCAGGACUUGCUGGUAGCCCCCACUCGCCAAGUGUCACUCAGCAGGAGCCCCAAAGCGCGCCCCCUAGCGCGCGGAGAAGCGCACUCACUUCCCACGGUUGGUUCCGCACGGGCUUUGGGGACUAUGGUGGGUCCGAGAGUAGGAGAAACCCAGCUGCCUGGGGAAAGCUGGCCGUCGGGGACUGGGGGGCUUGUUCUUCUGGAGCACCCGCCCACCGAGCUGUCUUUCCCGG